GUGUGUGUGUGUGUGUGUUCAUUCAGUACUUAUAAAUGCUCAUGGAGAAGUUUAGACACAGUCAGAGUUUGAUGAUGAUCCUGCUCGUGCUGCUUCUCGCUGUCUCUGGGUGUGGCCAGGCUCACAGAGUUCGUGGCCAGGAGAGAAAUGGUACGUGUGUGUGUAAGGUGAACAGCACAGUCUGGGCUUUUCCUACUGCCAAGUAUGAUGUGGUGACAGGACUGCUGCAGACGUGUGAAGACUCUCUGCAACAACUCCAAACACAGACAGAGACUAGCACUAAGUCGGUGCCUGAGAUGGAGGUGAUGCUGAAAAACAUGACGGAGAGACUGGAGAAAUAUCAGUAUCUGAACACUCAGGGCCUGUACAAUGCUCUACACCUGAAGCAGCUCAGCCAGGAGAUCCAGCAGCUGCAUGACACCAUGAGUAACGUCCAGACAAGUAAAGGGGAGGCACAGCAGAUACGCACAGAGUUGCAGAAGUUUCAGGAGGAUGUGAAUAAGAUGUACAAGAAAAACAUCUUCAACCUGGAAACAAUGAGGGAGAAGUUACGCUCUCUCAGUAAUCGUGUCCAGACCUGCAGGACCAUCCCUCAAGACUUCAGGAGCUCUUGUUCUCAGCGUAUGAUGAGAAAUAUCAGUGCUCCAGUGGUUACUAAAUUAAACCCGUUCACUUCAUCUUACAUCGCUGGAGCGUGGGGUCAUGACAUCUAUAAUGAUAUUGAAGAAAAUUACUGGAUUCAGCCUCUAGCUAACAGCCACAGGCAGGGCUCACUUGUGCGCUUUUACAAGACUUAUGAGGACUUCAUGGCUGGAAGGAACCACAGAGAUGAAACACUGGUCAGCUCAUACACUCAUGCUAAUGCCAUUCAGGGUCCAGGGACCAUCGUAUACAAAAACAUGGUGUAUUAUCAGUGCUAUAACACGCCUGAAAUCUGUGCCUUCGAUUUGAAAGCCAAGCAAUUCCGACGUCUCUCGUUUCCUGAUGCCGGAUUCAACAACAAAUUUCCCUACUGCUACUACAACUGCUUGGAUUGGACGGAUAUCAACCUCUCGGCUGAUGACAAGGGCUUGUGGGUAAUUUACGCCACGGAAGCAAACCACGGAAACUUAGUGGUAAGUAGAGUGGACUUCGAUGACUUUAACGUAACACACACCUGGAAGACACGUCUGUUCAAGCGCUCGGUGACCAACGCCUUCAUGGUGUGUGGGGUGCUUUACGCAACUCGCUUCAUUAACACCUACAAAGAAGAAGUGUUCUACGCCUUCGACACAACCACAGGGGCCGAGGACAACACACUCUCGCUCCCUAUGGAGAAAGUAGCAGCAGGCGUCGCCAACCUUCACUUCAACCCCAUAGACAUGAAGCUCUACAUGUACAACGGUGGCUACAUGCUCGCCUACCAAGCUUACUUCUGAAAUAUAGAAUGGAACAUGAUCACAAGUAUAAUAUAGAAUCAGACUGAAACUUCAUUACAUGCAGUGAAGGGGUUUUUGUUCAAUUUAAACUUAGAAAUUCAUUUAUCAUGCUUAACAUACGGCACUGACUAAAAUCUAUAUCACAUCCAAUUUGCUAACAACAAGUCCAACCACUAAACUGAAUGUAAAUUAUGUUUUAUUGCUUAUAUUUUACAAUUUAACUGGAAUUGUAAACUAUAUGAAAUAUCUGUACUGUUUGAGUUCUGUAUAGUGGUAUACUGCUCCCCCCUGCAUUGCUCAGAGUGAGCUUUGGAAGUAGUCAAUAAAUAAAUCUUUUAAUUUGACUGAUGACCGGAUACAUGCUGUGAAGUCAUCAGGUUUGGUUGAUGGGUUUACCAAAAAAAUAAACCAGCACCCCUUUACCAUA